UUGACUUUCCUCCUUCCUCCUCUCCAUCCAAGAACUUGUUCAAACCAUUUUUUCAGACCGAACACUUUCCUAGGUGCACCUCCUGCAGUUCCACCCAGGGCAUCACCUGGAGCUAGUUCACCAAAGAAACUGAUUUAUCAGAAGAGUGAUGGUGACAUGGCAAGCACUGAAGAAAGCCAAGGAGACGGUUCCCGUACUUUUGAAUCUCGGCCUGGUGUGGAGCACACUAGAACAUCUGCUUUUGAAGUAUACAAAAAACCUAAUCCAGAGGUUGGGUCUGCAUUUGAACGCGUAUCAGCUCAAAGACGAGAAGAUGAAGAAAGAGUUAGACAUUUAUCAACUGGGGCAAGACCCAAAGAUAAGAGAGAAAUUCAAGCCUCCAUUAGGGCUACAGCAGACAAGAAUACAAGAUUAACAAGACUGAAUUCUGAGCUAAAUCAAGAAUUAGCAGAGGUUAUGGAGGAAAGAAUUGCCUUGGAGAUGCAGUUAGAGCAGAUGAAACCCUUUUCAAGUUAGUCAUAUAGGUAACCCUCCCCCUCAGAAUUUUAUCAGCAGAAUUUGUCCAUGUAUAGAAAGAUCUUUACCAGAAAAUUUUAUAACUUUUCAACAUUUGGGAGGUUUGAUUUAUUUGUUAUAUAUAUAUAUGCUGUAGGGAAGAACUAUUUUUACAUUUUAAUAUAAGUAGUUUCAUUGAUUACUUGUCAAUUUUUGUAAAUCUCUUUUCUGUCAAAUUCUGUGUUAUAUAUAUAUAGAUAUAUAAGGCUUCAAGAAUUCCGUAUUUUACAUUUCAUAAUUUUUAAAAUUACCCUAUUUAAAAAGAGACUCCAGUUUUAUCCCAAAUGUUGUUGAUUAUGGUAAGAGUAUUUGUACAUUUUUUGUAGUGUUUUUCAUUU